GCCACCUGAGCAGAUCAAGAUGAAGCUUCUGAUACCACUGCUAGUGUGCAUGGCUGUAGCAUUUUAUGUCAGUCAUGCAGAUUCUGGCUCGGGCUCGUGUAGCUGUGAAGAUGAAGAUAGUAUAGAGGACAAUAUGGAGGAGGAAGUUGCCAGUACCUACAUCAUCACAGCGGAGAGUCAGAAGGACCUAGACAAACUUCUGAAGAAACUAUCGAAAAAGAAAGACUGCAAAGAUGCCAUUGUCAAAUCAGUCGUAAAUGAAUUGAUGUUUGCCGCCACGGUGAAGAUGAGUACAGACUGCGUCGAGGAGGUGCACGAUUGGGGCUAUGAAAUCGAACCUAAUGCCCUCCAGUUCACAGACGAUAUAUCGGACCCUUCAUCAGUUGACGAUAUCCAGUCAUGGGGUAUUGAUCGUAUCGACCAAAAAUUUCUUCCACUGGACAACGAGCCAUUUAAUAUCGAUGGCGGAGACGGUGUCGACGUAUUUAUCCUGGACACAGGAGUCUACACCGACCACUCGGAAUUCGGUGAACUUGGACAUAAACGGGCUGAGUUUUAUGCAGAUACCUUCAAUAUGAAUAACCCUACAAAAGGCGACCCUAACGGUCACGGGACCCGGUGUGCUAGCUCUGCUAUUGGUCAAACUCUUGGUGUUGCGAGAAAGGCAAAGGUCAAAAGCAUCCGUGUGGCCAAUCAUCAGGGCACUGGUUCUAUUGAAAAGUCUAUCUUGGGUUUCGAUUUGGUCCACCAGUAUGCAGAGGAACAAUCAAGUGAUUACAAGUGCGUGGUCUCGUACUCAUUGACGUUGCCCACUACCUCGAAACCGUUAGAUGAAGCCGUCAAGAAAAUAUCACAGAAAUGCUUCGUGGUCGUUAGCGCCGGCAACUACGGCAGUGGCAAUGACCCCGAUCUUGCCGAUGCCUGCAACUACUCCCCAGGGCGGAGCGAACAUGUAUUCACCAUCGGAGCGUCCCGUCUUCGGGUAUCACAGACCGAGGACCACAAGGCGGGCUUUUCCAAUCGCGGCAAGUGUGUCACGCUCUUCGCCCCUGGUCAUAAACUCACUGUCGCUUCCAGUAAGGGUAACACAACAGUCGAAAUCAGCAGUGGAACAUCCUUUUCUGCUCCAAUUGUUGCAGGUGCCGCAGCUUUGUUGCUAUCCAAUGGAUGCAGUAUGGCUGCAGUGAAAAGCAUUCUGGUUACCACCGCCACCAAAAACCUCCUGCAGGAUCUAACAGAGGAGCAUCUUUUCUUGAAUGUCGAACAUGAAGCUUUCAAACAUCCCGGAUGUGUUUUUUAA